AUGGCGAGAACCAGGGGAAUUCUAGGUCUUGUAAAUCCUCAGGAUCUUCUUUUCAAAGCUGUAUUCAUAGAAAAAAGACUUCCGAAGCAUCAUCUAAAAGAGAUAUCGAUAUCUGCAAUUGUGCUUAAGGUGAUGUCUCAGGAUAUUUCUAUUAGGGAAGGAGGUCUUGUUGUGAUUGGUCUUAGCAGGAUUUUGGUAAGGAAACUAAAGUAUCUGCAGGAUGAGUGUAGUGAUGUUGUACAUAAAAUCUGGAGAAAGAAAGGCGAAAAAGGAAAGGGCCUCAGGUCGGUAUCCUCGAAGGGAAUAACCUUGGGACUUGACUUAGAAAGGUUAUAUAUCGACGAUCAGAUGAUAAGUCCAGAAGAGUUUGUCAUUCUUCCUGAGGAGGAGAACAUAGAUGGAAUACAAGAAAUAGAAGACCUAAGCUUUGGGGGAUUUAACGACAUUUCAUAUGUUGAAGAAGGAAGGUUUGGAACCGAGGAUAGCACAAGAGCUUCUACAGCCACGGAGAUUACUCAAAUUCCCUUAGAGGAGCGAAGAGAGAAAAGGAGGAAAAUAAUUGAAGACUUGGAACUGGAGUUUGACGCCCGAGAAUUUCGAGAAAACCUUAGGAAUACAGGGGAUAUAGUGUUUAGGGAGAAAAGUCUCGAUAUAAGAGAUGAGCUUGUUUCCAAACUCUCAAUUGCACCUGAGAUACUAUCGAAGAUCUGUAGGAGAGAGAUGUACCAAAGAGAAAGCAUAGAAGGUGUCCGUGAUACAGUAAUAAUGGAAUCAUAUGGAGACAUCAGUUUUGGGGACAAUAUAAAUGAGUCGCAAGUAUCCUCCGAGGUUGUAGAGGAAGACUGUCUUGAUAUUGAGAAGUUGCCUGAAAGAUUUGUCUUCAAUGAGAUGGCUGAUGGGCAUAGCAGAUAUGAAAGAAGUAGGAUGUUUCUGUCUCUUCUAAAUCUGCUUGGAAGCGGGAUGGCGAUGGCAAACCAAAGAGCGGCAUAUUCUAAUAUAGAAUGCAAUCUUUUGUGA